AUGGACGUGCUGCUAAAAGUACACAGCGCUCUAUCGCCCGCUCCUGCUGCAUCUGCGCAGACCGCCCGGUCAAGCGACUUGGGGCCCUGCGUGUCCAAGGUGGGCAGCGGAAGUCGUGGAGUCCCGGGGUCCCCGGUGGACGGAGUGUCCCCCAGCGACCUCGUGGCUGGGCGACUCCCAGCGGAACGUGAUCGGCACCAGCAGCGCCGCUGCGCCCGGGUGGAGAGGCCGAGCGCGGUGAGCGUGACCUUCCAGGAUGUCAUGGUGAACUUCACCUAUGAAGAGUGGCAGACACUGAGCCCGGAGCAGAGGUGCUUGUACCGUGAUGUGACGUUGGAGAACUACAGCAACCUGGUCUUCCUGGGACAAGAGGCAGCCACCAAACCUGACGUGAUCCUGAGGCUGGAACGAGGAGGCAAGCCCUGGACAGUGGAGGGUGAGGCGCUCAUGGGCGACAGACGAGGAGCAGCUGGGACAGUGGAAGGGAGAUCCGGGAGGGUAGCUGGCGGCAGUACGUCGGACCCUGUGGGAAGACAUCCUGACUGUGACUCCCAGUCAGGGCUCCCCAGGGAGAGAGCCUUUGAGUGCAGACAGUGUGGAAAAGCGUUCCAGGAGAAGUGGAAACUCAACAAACACCAGAGCACGCAUGUGGAGGGAAGGCCCUACCAGUGUGGCGAGUGUGGAAGGGCCUACAAGCAGAAGCCGAAUCUCAUUCAGCAUCAGAAAGUCCACAGUGAAGAGAGAGCUUACCGGUGUCAGACCUGUGGGAAAGGCUUUUUCUGGAAGUCGUGCCUCAUCAAUCAUGAGAAAAUCCAUAACGCCACGAAAGCCUACAAGUGUGAUGAGUGUGGCAAAUCCUACAAGCAGUAUGCAACCCUCUUCCAGCACAAAAAAAUCCACACUGGACACAGGCCCCACGAGUGUAAGGACUGUGCGAAGACAUUCAUUUACAAGUCAGAUCUGGUGAAACACCAAAGGACACACACAGGGGAGAAGCCCUAUAAAUGUCACAUGUGUUACAAGGCCUUUUCCCAGAAGUCCAACGUCAUUGACCAUGAGAAGAUCCACUCUGGGGAGAGAGCCUACCAGUGUAGUCUGUGUAACAAAACCUUCAUCCAGAUGAAAAACCUCAUUCAACAUAAGAAAAUUCACACUGGAGAGAAGCCCUACUUCUGUGCCAGAUGUGGGAAAGCUUUUUAUCAGAAGUCGAACCUUCUCAGCCAUCAGAAGACUCACAGCCGAAAAUGAGUGUACACGUGCAACAGGCGCGGGAACUGCCUUCGCCACGAGCUGGGCCUCAACUUGCACAACUGGCGCAGUGCCAGGAAACCUCACGGGUGCACCGCGUGUGGGAAGGUCUUUGCUGACAAGUCACAUUUUGUGAGACACCGGAAGAAAAGCCACAGUGGAUAG